CUAAACCCGGAAGAGCCUCGGCCCAAUUUUGGAGAGACUGAAGAAGGAGGAGGCGGUGGGCGCCUUCGGAGGGAGGCAGGCCUUUUCCAGACAACAUUUGUGCCUGUUUCCCAAGAUGACGGUACACUAAGUGACUCCAUCAUUCGCCAUGCUGUAAGCUGCUGACUUCCAUCUUCUUCAUCUCUCACAUGGAUAUAAACAACUUCCAAAAAGCCAAGAGACACAGGCAGGGUGGCAUGCAAACCAGAAGUCAUUCUCGCUCCCCUGAGUAGGAGGCCUGGUUGCCGUCCAGCUAGGAUUAAGGGAACUCUUUUUUUUUUUUUACUAGCUUUUACAUUGUGCAAGGAACCACUGUUAUAUUUUCUUACUUUCUUCCAGUGUGCCAUUGGAAGGCAUUUUCCUGCUCUGUGCGUCAGUUCAACAGUGCUCUUCACUUUGCUCCCCUGGAUCCCUCUCUGUUGCCUUCUCCUUCUGGUGCCAUGUCGGAGGGCUCUGGACCCUUCCUGGUAUGGGUCCAAGAAGUGGCCACACUACUUAUGCUCCGCGUACGCCGUACAGUCUUGCAGACGGCCAUCUUACUUUGUGUUCUUCUGCUUCUCCUCUGGAUCUCAAUCUUCCUCUAUGGGAGCUUCUACUACUCCUAUAUGCCAACGGUCAGCUAUGUCAGCCCUGUACAUUACCAAUUCAGGACAGACUGUGGCCUUUCUGGACCAGAACUGUGCUCCUUUCCCAUUGCCAACAUUUCUUUCAUCAAGGACAGUCGGGACCAACAAGUCCUUAUGUAUGGCCAGCCAUAUCGCAUCUCACUGGAGAUGGAGCUACCAGAGUCACCAGUCAACCAGGACCUAGGGAUGUUCAUGGUGGUUAUUUCAUGUUACACCAAAGGCGGUCGCAUCAUCUCCUCCUCAGCCAGAUCUGCAAUGCUUCACUAUCGGUCAAGCCUGCUUCAGAUUCUUGACACCCUGGCUUUUGCCAGCCUUUUCUUAGCUGGUUUCACAGAGCAGAAGCAGAUGCUGGAAGUUGAACUGUUCUCUGACUACAAGGAGGACUCGUAUAAUCCAACAGUUGGGGCUGUAAUUGAAAUACAGACCACAAAGAUUCAGAUCUAUGGUGCCCAACUGCGAAUCCAUGCCCAUUUUACUGGACUGCGGUAUCUGCUCUACAACUUCCCCAUGACGUCUGCCAUUUUGGGGGUUGCUAGCAAUUUCACUUUCCUGAGUGUCAUCGUCCUCUUCAGCUAUCUGCAGUGGAUCUGGGGCAGCAUGUGGCCCAGAGAGUCUCUUACUGUGCAGCUGUCUCUCCGGGAAAAAUCUGAAUCCCUACAACCGACUGAAGAUGUUUGCCGGCGGGUUGUGAUCUCUAAAGAAGACUUUCGGGAAGAAGAGGCAAUUACCCCACCACAGACAGAGGAUUUGGGGGCUACUGAAGGAGAAGAGCUAUUGAAAUCAGCUAUGAUAAAAGACCAAAAGAGCAACCUUCCAGAACCUUAUUCAGGAACAAACUCCAGCCUGGACAAGGAGGUGAAUGAUGAUACUGAGUUUGAGUCUGUGGAUGAUUCUUCACUGCUCACUGAAGCCAAUUUACCAAUGCCUUCCUUGAAAGGAGACCCCUCAAAUCUGCUGCCUCCAGGAGCCACAUCUCUUACACCAGGCUUGGAGAUCCGUCAGAGAAAUAUCUGCUCAAGUUCCUGAUGGGUUCAGAUUGCUGUUGAACCAACCCUUCCUUGGUCUUGGCACUCCUUAUAGUAUAUGCAAACCAGAAGCCUUGCUCUCCCAGGGAAAGCAUUUGCUCUCAUCUUGUGUUCACAUUCAGACUCCUGUUCCCCACCCCACCAUUCUUUGCUCACAAACCUGCUAACCAAAAAAUAAAAGUAUACUUGUUAGCAAUUAUUUUCCAGUAUGUUAUAGAGACUGUAGGAACUGGAGUUGAGAUAGUUUAUAGCCAUGACUAUGGUACCUUGAAGAUAUGUGAUUUCAUUGUGGCAGGUAGUCCCUCAAAUUUGCAAAUGUAUUAUCCUACCAUUGUGUCUGUAGUUGAGGUGGCCAACUUACCUCAUGGUGGCCAAUGUUCUAGUGACAGGUUGCUCCCUAUGUAGCUAGGCUAGUCCUCAGACAGCAGGCAUGGAGUUAACAAUGGCACUGAAGCAUUUGUAGCAGAGGUGGAACCUGUUUCAGAGGUGGAAUUCUGAGAUAGGCUUCAAAAAUAUGUGUUAAAAUCACAGAACACUAAUAGAAUUAAUAAUGGGCACCAGUAAACAGGAUAUAGAUAUAUAAUGUUUUUAGCAGCAUUCAGUUAACAAAUACUAAUUUAUAAAGGAUAAUAUAUUAAAAGCACACUUAUAGCCUCCACAGUAGUAUUUGAAAAAAUGCCUUUAAGUUACUAAAUGCACAGUCCUCCACAUUGAUAUAUGGAUGGCAAAUGUGUCUGACAUGGGGUAAUUUUGUUUGCAUUAUGCUUCUGUAAUAUGGGUUUAUUAAUUAGAACUUAUUUUUGAAAUCUUGGCAUAUGGAAAUGUAACAUAGGAAGGAGAAUUUAGGCACCAUCAGCUUUUGCUGGAUCACAUUUUAAUCCCUUUUGCUUACAGUAAUUGUAGUCUUUCUGGACUCAGCAUCAUGUUUGUCCUGCCAUGUGUUGACAGAGUACAGUAGUACUUUGUGGAGGACUACGUAUAAGCUGCGUGAUAAAAUAAUUAUAAAGGAGACUGUCUUAUACAGAGUCAAAUCAUGGCUGAUUCAGCUGUCUGUUACCUGCUGACUACUAGCAGCUUUCCAGAGUCUUAGCAUGUUUCUUAUCACCUGCUACCUGUCACAUUUGAUGAGAUGUCAAUGAUUGACUUGGGGUCUUUUGCAUGUAAAACUUGAGCAUACAGUCUACUUUUGCACGUCGCUUCUGAGAGGUGAAGCCCAGCAUUGAAGGCCCAAUCCAUAACCAAUGUAUGUUUUAUCUUAUUGCUUCUCUGGCUCAUGAGAUCUCACCAGUUGCUACACAGAAGCGUUACAAAAUGCUUUUUUGGAAUUAUAUGGGCUAUAUUUUAUAUAUAAAUGAAAUCUGAAUUCUGCAUUCUGCUUUUUGCUGAAGAAGUAUGGAACUGCAGCAUGCAUAUGACCCCUGACAGUAGAUUAAGUAAUUUUGAGUAACAGGUAGAGUCUUGUCUUUAACAAGGAUUAGGUUAUCACAGUACAGUUUGCCUGUUUAAAAGUAGUACUCUUGUGUUGAACCUGGAUUUCUCUGGUGAGUAAGGAGAGCAGGGAAUGAGAGGGUAGAAUGGGGGAUAGGGCAGUUUAACUUCAUGCAAGUUUCUAAGAUUUUGUGGAUGUAUUUGGACUGCAGUUCUCAUUAGCCCUAACUAGUAUGGCCAGUGGUGAAGAAUGUCAGGAGCUUCAGUCCAAAAGGAACAAUGCACUUUGCCUGCACUGCUAUAAUGUUUUAAACAUAAGACAUAUUUUUGGCCCUCGUGGCUAAUAGAACAUGCUUGAAAAUAUCUUGGCAAAGAGCCUGCUGAGAUCUUCAGGGUCCUGCCCUAGGAAAAAUCUUUUUCCUCCUCCUUGACUAUUAAACCAGAAUAAAUUAUGCAAAAUGAGAACAACUCUAUUCUAUUUGCCUAAUUUGUGGAUGAGUGCUAAUUCCCCCGCUACCCAGACUUGGAAGAACAGCAACAUGUUCUGAUUUUGGGCUGGUGGAUGCUGCUUUUACAAUUAAUAGAAUUUUUCUGAGAAUCCUCAUAUAAAAAACAAUCCCACCCAAGCUUGCUUGUUUUUCAGUCUAGCCAAGGACAGUGACCUUCCUGACCCUUGAGGGCUUAUGCAUGUUGUAACAGCUCAGAAUAGCCCUUUUGUUGGUCCAGCUUGGUGUGAUUUGUGAGUCUCUGUUACUCUCUCUGUACCCACUAUAAGAGUUUAUCCCUCUUCUGCUGGAAGACACACACAGCACAGUGUUUUGUUUUGUUUUGCAGCAACUGGCAAUGAGCAUAAGUCACAUGUUUUUGUCAUAUUCCUAUAAUGUUUUGCUCGCAUUCCAGCGUUCAAUGAUGAGGUGUGAGUAUUUUUUUUGUUUUGCUCAGCUUAAACUCCAGAACUCUCCAGUGUUUAUGCAUUCUCUACUGAUUUGAAAACUCUGCAUGGAGGGAGGGAAACACUACUUUUUAGCUCUUACAACUUAAUUUUAAAGCUAUGUUGCAUGUUCCACUUCUUCGUGCAUAGUAAGUACAUAACAUCUAGCAUCUUCUUUCCCACAAGUAGCUGCUCUCUGCUUCGAUGAAGCCCACAAGCAAAGUUUGGUCGCAAACAGGUCUUGCUGGUUGUUAUGUAUUUUAUUAUCUUAUGGAAGCUUUACAAUAUGACAAAUACAUUAUUCUGUUGGGGUAACAUUCCCAGGGCUAGCCACCCUGUUGGUGUGUUGUUAAAAGACAGACAUUUCUUAGUUAUUUACUUUGUCAUUCUUGUAUUUUUAGUAUCCUUGAGAAGUUGUUAGAGAACUUUCUGCCUCACGUGCCAAAUCAUUUGCUGUCUUUGUGUUAUUUGGCAUUGGUUUUGUCUCAGGCAGCAAGACAUUCUUGGGCAUUCUCCAUUUAUUUUAAAACCACUUUUCUUUUUGUGAUUGUGGCUGGUUUCAUUCCUCAUUGGCUUCCCUCAAGCAGCUAUGGAACUAUGUUCCUGCCCCUCAAACUGUAUUUUAGAACAUAUAUGAAAUGUGUUGUAUGAAACAGCACUUGCCUUGACACUGAAGAAAGCUUGAGGCUGGGCCAAAUCAUUUUGCUGUCUGAAGCAAAAGACAAGAUGGCAUUCCUCAGCCAUAUCUUGUAGAGAAGUGAACUAAACUUGCAAUUUAUUUAUUAUUAUUUUAUUUUAAUACUGUACUGGCAGUGACACAAGAAACAUGUUGAGUUGGAAAUUUCAAGCAUAAGGGAAAGAACAGCAAGCGGUGCAAGCAGCAAACUGCAAGAAGCAAAGCAGGGAGAGAAUAGGAGAGAUGAGAGAGCAGUAUGAGAAACAGUCGAGAAACAAGGAUGAGUGCAUUACGGAGACACAAGGUGAGAGAAUAAAAUGGAAGGGAAAGUGCUGUGAGGCAGGGAGGGGGAGGAAGGAGAUGGAGGCCAGAUCCACUCUGAAGAAAUAAUCCAGUUUGACACUGCUUUAACUGUCAUGGCUCAGUGCCAUGGAAUUCUGGGAAUGGUAGUUUUGUGAGACAUUCCGCCUUCUCUGUCACAGAGCUCCGGUACCACUACAAACUACACUUCCAAAAAUUCUAGAGCACUGAGUCCCCCCGGUGUCAAACUGGAUUAUUUCCGAAGUGCAGACCCAGCCAGAAAGUAGCAGUAGUAGGGUGCAAGGAGAAAGUGAGGUAGUAAAACAGGCAUGGUUUCCCAUCCCUGUCUCUUAACACUCAGGGGCUGAGGGUCCUUGCCACUUGUAAACUAAUCUGGAUUCUGUCUGGGGUCACCUCCAUCAGCUGCUGGUGUGCAACUCAAGAUGGAGUUAACAUCAGCCUUCCAAUUUCAGCAUUCUUAAAUAUUGGAAUCUCAGGAUCUUUGCAUGGCAAAUGAGCAGACUCUUUGGUACUGUUUUAGGCUAUUUAUUAUAUGUAGAUAUAUAGAUAUAGAAAUAUUUACAUUCCCCAUAGGGAGAAACAGAUGUGUCAAUGUCUGGGCACUUCAGCUUCAUUCCAUUCCAUUGCAUAUAAGGUAUCACACGUUAUGUUGCAUCAUGUGGCUUUCCAGAUGUUCACUUUCAUAAGGAUUUUCUUAAGACUCAGUCUUUUAAUCUCUUAUAGAGACAUUUCAUAAAUGCUUUCACAUGUACAGAGAACUGUCCCUCGUAUCAUAUUAAUAACCAUUUAACAAUACAAUUUAGCCAACUGUCCAUUCAGAUAUACAGUACAUUCUUAUCUGUUUGAGGAACUAUACAUCUCUUAACAGGUUUCUGUGUGUACACUGGCAUUCAAGGGUUCAUCUCCUUGAACACUGUUAAUAUCUUAACAGCAUCCAUUACAAUAAACCUGUUGAUGGGCAUCCA